ACUCAGUAUCGAGAAAGUUGUCAAGGAACUCGAAAGAGCGAGAGAGAGAAACAGAGAGAUAAAGAUGGUUAGGGUUCGCGCUGGUGUCGUUCCGGUGCUGUUUCUGCUCGUAGCUUGCUUUUCAUUUCAGCAGUUAUUUGCUUCCGACGAUACGGUCUUUUACGACUCAUUUGAUGAAACAUUUGAAGGUCGCUGGACCGUUUCUAGCAAAGAUGACUACCAAGGUGUGUGGACUCAUUCAAAGAGUGAGGGACAUGAGGAUUAUGGCCUUCUUGUGAGUGAGAAGGCUAAGAAGUACGCAAUAGUGAGGGAGCUUGAGAAGCCUGUGAGUCUGAAGGAUGGAACUGUCGUCCUCCAAUUUGAGACUCGUCUCCAAAACGGGCUUGAAUGUGGUGGUGCCUAUCUGAAAUACCUUCGACCGCAGGAGGCUGGAUGGGAACCUAAGAUAUUCGACAAUGAGUCUCCUUAUUCGAUCAUGUUUGGACCUGACAAAUGUGGACUCACAAACAAGGUUCACUUUAUUUUUAAGCAUAAGAAUCCCAAGACCGGAGAGUACGUUGAGCACCAUCUGACGACCCCUCCCUCUGUUCCAUCUGACAAACUUUCUCAUGUGUACACUGCCAUUCUGAAACCUGACAAUGAGUUGCGAAUUCUAGUUGAUGGGGAGGAGAAGAGGAAGGCGAAUUUCCUAUCAGCUGAUGAUUUUAUGCCUCCUCUUAUUCCUACCAAGACAAUUCCUGAUCCAGAAGAUAAGAAGCCUGAGGAUUGGGAUGAGAGAGCCAAAAUCCCAGACCCUAAUGCUGUAAAGCCAGAGGACUGGGACGAGGAUGCACCCCUUGAAAUUGUAGAUGAAGAAGCAGAGAAACCUGAAGGAUGGUUGGAUGAUGAGCCUGAGGAGAUAGAUGAUCCUGAUGCCACAAAACCAGAAGAUUGGGAUGAUGAGGAGGAUGGUGAAUUUGAAGCCCCAAAGAUCGAAAACCCAAAGUGUGUGACAGCCCCUGGUUGUGGUGAAUGGAAGAGGCCAAUGAAGAGAAAUCCAGCUUACAAGGGAAAAUGGCAUGCCCCACUCAUCGACAACCCUAAUUACAAGGGUAUCUGGAAGCCUCAGGAGAUUCCAAACCCCAGUUACUUUGAAGCCGACCAACCAGACUUUGAGCCUGUAGCUGCUGUUGGCAUUGAGAUUUGGACAAUGCAAGAUGGAAUAUUGUUCGACAACAUUUUGAUCACAAAAGAUGAGAAAGUUGCAGAAACAUACCGGGAAACCACCUGGAAACCAAAAUUUGAAGUUGAGAAAGAGAAACAAAAGGAUGAGGAAGAUGUUCAGGGUUCAGAAGGGUUCCUCUCCAGCUUCCAGAAGAAAGUAUUUGACCUCCUAUACACCGUAGCUGAUAUUCCCUUCUUAAGUGCCCACAAGUCUAAGAUAAUUGAUCUCAUUGAAAAGGCAGAGCAACAACCGAAUCUCACCGUUGGCAUCAUUGUCUCUAUUGCGGUGAUCAUCUUCACAGUAUUUAUCAAGCUACUCUUUGGUGGGAAGAAACCUGCAAUAGUUGAGAAGAAAACCACUGGAACCGCCGAUGCUUCUAGCAGUGAGGAAAAGGAAGAAGAGAAGGAGAAGGAAGGUACUUCCUCUGAGAACGAGAAGGAAACAGCUGCUGCUCCCCGCCGAAGGACAGUAAGGCGUGAAAACUGAAGUGAGAAGAGGGAAAGCUACUGAUUACAAUCUUCACUUCCUUUAUCAUCAAAUUUUGAGCCUAGUUGUUUUUGUGUAGGUCAUUCUUGAAUGUCGGAAUUUUUUUCUUUUGCCUUUUUUAGCCUUUGUGUUGAAACAGUUAAUGUAUCAGGAGUGUAAUUGACAGAUCUAUUAAGCUGUGAUACUUCAUUUCCAGAUUUCUAUGACAGCAGGUGAUAUUGUUAUUGUAGUUC